AUGUUAGUUAGAAAUUUUGAAUUACCAGGCGCAUUAAGUUCUAUGAGAUCAUUAGAAGAUCGUUUUAAUAAAGAUUAUAAUUAUGAUUGGACUUUUUUAAACGAUGUACCAUUCACGGAAGAAUUCAUGGAAGCUACCACUGCUAUGGCAAGUGGGAAGACCCAAUAUGGCUUAAUCCCUUCGAGUGAUUGGGAUAGGCCUAAUUGGAUAAAUGAAACAUUGUUCAACAUUCGAUUACAACUUAUGGAAGAGAAAAAAGUGUUAUAUGGAGGAUCCAAAUCAUAUAGAAAUAUGUGUCGAUUUAAUAGUGGAUAUUUUUUUAGACAAGAACUGUUAGAGCGAUAUGAUUACUAUUUCCGUGUGGAACCUGAUGUUCAAUAUCAUUGUGAUUUCCCCUAUGAUCCUUUCAGAGUAAUGAGAGAAGGUAAAAAAAAAUAUGGAUUUGUCAUUGCAGUUCAUGAAUAUGAAGAUACUAUCCCCACGUUAUGGGACACUGUAGAGGAUUACAUUGAUGUUAAGGGGGAAGAGGACCAAAUAGACAUGGAUCGAAAUGCUUAUAAUUUUCUAACCGAUAUAUCUGUAAUGGGAUCAAUAAUGCCAGUGAUUGAUGCCAACUCCGAUUAUAAUUUAUGCCAUUUUUGGUCUAAUUUUGAAAUUGGCGAUUUAAAUUUCUUUCGAAGUGAUAGAUAUCUAAGUUUUUUCGAAUAUUUAGACUCCAAAGGUGGAUUCUAUUAUGAAAGAUGGGGGGAUGCACCGGUCCAUACUAUUGGUGCAUCGCUAUUGUUAGAUCGGGAUGAAAUCAUUCAUUUCGAUGAAAUAGCGUACACACAUGCUCCAUUCAUGACAUGCCCAAUGUCCUAUUUUAUGAGAUUGGAUCAACGCUGUCAAUGCGAUUAUAGAAGCGAUAGAAAUGUUGAUAUUAAAUACCACAGUUGCCUAAUGCGUUGGUGGAAGAAUGGUGCAGGCAAAUCGUUCCUCAAGCCUAUUUAA